UUAGGAUUUGGUGUCAGUAACACACUUUGUAAACAUUCAUUGAGUUCAAGGACUGUAUAAACAAAUCAAUAUAAUGGUGAUUUUAAAACCCUAAAAAAGCUUAAAAUGGAGAGGGCGUGUUAAAAAAAGAUCAAUCAAAUGAUAGGAAAUAGCCGGCCAAAUGACUCAUUACCUGAAGUUGAAAAUAUUACACUCGAACCCAAGUGUGGUGAGGAUGAUUAUUAUGACACGCCUGAACCAAAAAAAGAUCCCUCCAACGAGCAGGAGUCGUCUAGAUCACAUUCAAAUCCGUUUCUUCCUUCUACCACCUUCAGACAGGAUUCCAGAUCAAGCUUCAUGUCACUUUUGUCCAGGAACAAAGGUGGUUCUCUAGAUGACCCAAGACCUAAUUCGCCUGCCUUAAUGAGGGAAGACACACAUUCUUUGCCUGAUACCACCUUCCAUAGUAUAGAAGAUAUUCAGGAAUAUUCAAAAUAUCAUCUUCUCAUUCAUCUGAGACAAGGCCAAGAUCUGCCUGCAAAGGACUCUUGUGGUACAUCUGAUCCCUAUAUCAAGUUUCUACUAGCAUCUAAGAUGGUGUACAAGAGUAAAACUAUUUAUAAAGACCUAAAUCCCUUCUGGGAUGAAAACUUUUAUAUAACAAUAGAAGAUCUGAACCUGCCACUAGAACUAAAGGUUUAUGAUUAUGAUUGGGGGUUGAGAGAUGAUUUUAUAGGACAAGCAUUUAUAUCUUUGAAGACCUUAAUCCUAAACCAACCUCAGGAUAUUGUUGUUACCCUUCAUGAAACAGGCAAUAUUAAGUAUUUGGGACAAAUCAGCCUUAAUGUGAAAUUAAUUCCAUUACUGCCUGACACCCCUCUUCCUCCCCUCCCUCUUCAUCCACCAUCAUCAACCAGUCAUCAUUCUUCAUUCAGUCAUUCACCAGCUAGAGGUCUUGAGCUAGCAGCCAGGAGACUGAAGCCUGGGACCUGGUCUGCAAUUGUCAAUAUUCUUCUAGUUGAGGGUAAAGAUCUUUUGGCCAUGGAUAUAGAGGGUACAAGUGACCCCUACUGUAAAUUCAGACUUGGAAGUGAUCGGUUCAAGACAAAAACUAUUUAUGCAAGUUUAAAUCCAAAGUGGAAUGAGGAGUUUGAUCUCUACCUCUACGAUGAAUCAGAAUUGGAGAUUACUGUUUGGGACAAGGAUCAAAGAUCAAAGGAUGAUUUUAUGGGCAGGGGGUGUAUAGAUCUGAGUACCCUGAGUAGAGAGGAUUCCCACCAUCUCUGGAUUCAGCUAGAGGAGGGUUCAGGACAGAUAUUCAUUAUUCUCACCAUCUCCGGUACAACAGGAAGAGAUAACCCAACAUUUCUUAGUAAUUGGGAUAAUACAAACAGUAUCAAUCUUUACAGAGAAAAGUAUGCUUUGAAGCAAUCUUUAACAAACAUUGAUGAUGUUGGGGUUCUUAUUGUAAAGGUAUUUGGAGCGCGAGGGUUGCAUGCAGCUGAUCUGGGUGGUAGCUCUGAUCCCUACUGUGUUUUAGAACUGGAUAAUACCAGGGUGUUGACCCAUACAGAAUAUAAAACUUUGGAACCCUCCUGGCAGAAAGUAUUUGUUCUAUCUGUCCAGGAUGUUCAUUCUGUAUUAAAUAUAACAGUGUUUGACGAGGAUAAAAAUCAUAAAUCAGAAUUCUUGGGACGACUGGUGGUUCCUCUAAUCAAGAUUAAGAAUCAGAACAAGAGAUGGUUUGCUCUGAAGGAUAAAAAACUGCGUUGCAGAGCUAAGGGACAGUGUCCACAAAUACAGAUGGAAUUCAUUUUACAUUGGAAUAUUAUCAGGGCCACAUAUACAACGUUAAAUCCUAAGAAAACUUUAUAUAAGGAAACAGUGGAGAAGUUUAAACGUCAAGUUUUUAUCAACAAUGUGAUGAGAAUUAAAGCAGUUAUUCUAGAAAUCGUCGAUUUUGGAGUUUUUAUUCAAUCCUGUCUGGAAUGGGAGUCAACAUCUAGAUCUAUCAUAGCUUUCAUUACAUUUAUGACGAUAAGCUACUAUUUUGAGCCCUACAUGGUUCCUGUAGGCCUUCUACUCAUCUUCCUCAAGCAGUACAUCUUCAAAGUGUAUUUAGAUCCAAAACAUUUAGAAAGAGAGGAACAAUAUCUUUCCGAGGAUGAUGAUGAGAUGGAUGAGAAAGAUGAAGACAAAGAGGAGAAAAAAUCUCUAAAAGAGAAGCUUCAAGCAAUUCAGGACGUUACUGCAAUGGUUCAAAAUGCACUGGGAUAUGUUGCUUCUCUAGCUGAGGGAGUUAAAAAUACUUUUAACUUUUCUGUUCCUUUCUUAUCUUGGCUUGCUGUCAUCAUAUUCUCCAUCAUUGCAGUUGUACUCUACUUUAUUCCACUCAGGGUAUUAAUCAUGGUGUGGGGAGUGAAUAAGUUCGGUAAGAAGUUAGUUCGUCCUGAUACAGUUACUAACAAUGAGCUAAUGGAUUUCCUGUCAAGAGUACCUAGUGACGAGGAUCUAUUGGAUGCCAGGGAGCUUCGUUUGCUGCCAGAUACACAGGAGACGGGGAAAAAGUCCACCGUGAAGAAAAAACACAAACAGUCCUAAAGGGAGACUGAACCACAUUUUCAAUAUGGUUGUGAAACAAUUUUCUGAUAUUAAUCAUUGCUAUAAACUUCAACAUAUAUAUCUAGUAAUUUAUUCAUUAGUAAAUAUUUAUAUCUUUAAAACUACUUUUAUCCAAGAGGAAUUGUUACUUAUCUUUCAAAAUCAUUAAAUUUUAUAAAUACGUUAUAGCAGCUGCUGCUGAAAUGAGAAAAUAUUGUUGACAAGCUUGACCAGAAUAAUAAAAAUAUAAUUUCUAUUCAAAUAUUUAAAGAUCAAA